AUGGAUUCAACUCAAUUUACAAAGACAGUAGUGGCAAAAUACAACAAUUCGGAAGAUGAGUUAACGUUCACCGCAGUGCAUCUUAAUGACAAAACCAUUGUGAAUGUGCAAGUAAAUGGAGCUAUGGAUACAACAUUUGAUAUCCCAUUAUCUACAGUUUCAAGCGUACGUCAAGAUUUGGGUAAUGACAUAGAUAAUACCGACUCUGGAAUCGAGCCUGUUGUUCUUAUGGGGGAGGUUAACAACAUUAAAUUGGAAAUCGUCGCUACUCAGAUCGGGAAGCUUAUGUUGUCAACUCCUCAACCAAAGAGUCUUAUAUUGUCAAUUGGAUCUCGUUGGUUUGGGAAAGGUGAUGUAAAUGAGAAAGAUGAUUUUGAUAAAUUGAUGUUUGUGUUGGCAAAUGUUAAACAGGUAUUGUAA